AAAUAUAUAAGAAGGUCGAAGGGUUAAACUUGUCAAUCGCAAAAAAAUUUUCGUGUCUCGAGUUUGCCGGGUUAUUGUGAAAUUAUUAAUUCAAAAUGCCUGGAAAAUACAAAAUUGUUAUGAUUCGCCACGGCGAAAGUGAAUGGAACCAAAAAAAUCUUUUCUGUGGCUGGUACGACGCCGACCUUAGCGACAAGGGUCGAGAAGAAGCUAGUGCAGCAGCCAAGGCCUUAAAAAACGCAGGUUACAAGUUUGAUGUAGCCCACACUUCCGUUUUGAAAAGAGCUCAAAUUACUCUUCAGACUAUCCUUGAGCAGAUAGGUCAAACAGAUAUUCCAGUAAACAAAACUUGGAGAUUAAAUGAAAGACAUUAUGGUGGACUUACUGGCCUUAAUAAAGCAGAAACAGCUGCUAAAUAUGGAGAGGCUCAGGUACAAAUCUGGCGCCGCAGUUUUGACACCCCACCCCCAGCAAUGGAAAAGGACCACCCCUACUAUGAGGCUAUUGUUAAGGACCCCCGUUAUGCCUCUGACCCAAAACCUGAAGAGUUCCCAAUGUUCGAAAGCUUAAAACUAACCAUUGAAAGGACUCUGCCAUACUGGAACAAUGUGAUAGUGCCACAGAUUAAAGAAGGCAAAAACAUCAUAAUUGCUGCUCACGGGAAUAGUCUCAGGGGUAUUGUCAAACAUUUAGAAGAGAUGAGUGACGCCGAUAUUAUGGAACUGAACCUGCCAACUGGUAUUCCUUUUGUUUAUGAACUUGAUGAGAAUAUGAAACCCGAUGGACCUAUGACUUUCCUUGGUGAUGAAGAGACUGUGAAAAAAGCCAUGGCAGCUGUUGCCGCUCAAGGCAAAGCCAAGUAAUUACAUUGAAGUAACCUUAAUUUAUUGUCAUGAUAUUCUAGUGCAAAUGUUAUUAGAAAUAUAGCUACUCAUAUCCAACUCGUUUAAACUUCAAACGCAUAUUUUUGUUGUGAAUAUUUCUUUAUAUUUAAGUUUAUAAUAAAGUUUAAAAGUACA